AUGUGCCCACACCCCAGUCCAUACAGAGCCCUGCCCCACCACCGAGAGGCAAUGAGGUUUCUGCUGUUGCUGCUGCCGCUGACCGGCUGGGGCCCCCCAGGGAGUCUUGGAGAGGGAAUCCCCCAAGAAACCAUAACAGCCACAUCCCCUCAUUUUGAUGAAGAAGAAAAAUACUCAGCCCACAUGCCCCAACAUCUGCACUGCGAUGCCUGCCAGAUCAUCUCUUACCAGAUGUGGAAGCAUCUAACUGAAAUGGAGACCAAGCAGCUGAGCCAUAGGGCCAAGGGGGCUUCUCUGAGUGAGUCUGAGUACAUCGAUGUCCUGGAGAAAAGCUGUUCUCAGAGUUGGAAGAAUUACGGGGUCCGAGAAGUAAACAAGGUGAAACGCUUUUUUGGCCCAGGGCUGGACAACCAAGUGGGCAUCAGUGUGAUGAUAAGCGGAGGCCCUUGGCCAGGCAGGCUCUUCAAGAUGUGCCACAACUACCUGGGAGAGCUUGGCGAAGAUCAGCUGUAUAGGGAAUACAGGCAAGGGGGCCGAGAGGCCCUGGAGAGGCUGUUGUGCAGAGAUGCCUGUCCAGAGGAGACACCUGGCCAGGGGGAGUUCCUCCGGAAGGAACUUUAGCCUUUCCUCAUUCAGGAGAGAGGUCUUUGUGAACCAAGGAUGUGCCAGCCUGUGAAUAACAGGACUUUCUCUCCCUACGGUUGUCAAAAUCCACAGAAGCCUCUUUCCGGGGAGCCGCUUCCAUCCUGGGCUGCUUGGAAUGAAGGCCCUUCUUCAGCCCUCCAAGGGGAGGGGUCAGGGAACAAUCUCUCCUGGGGCUCCUGUGGGAGGAUCAGGGAAGCCCAAGUUGUAUCUUAGACUUCUCUCCCCAUUUGUGAAUUAGAGAUCAUAUAUCUCCCCCUUGUCCUCCCUGCCUCCCCUUCUCCCUUCUUCAUCCCCUGACUCUUCCUCUUCCUACUUCUCUUCUCCCUCUUUAGGCUCUCCUGUUGGGGGAGGGGCAGUCAGGGGAGGAUGGUCUGGAGUCUUGGAGCCAUCCUGUCCUAUUAUCAUCUGGCCCACCAGACUUCAAUAAAAUCAAAUAUCUUCUCUCCAUUUUCUUCCACCAUCCUCCAAGAACAGUAAGAGUGCUCAGAAGGAAUUGGGCUUUUGUCUAUAUUUUUCCCUGUUGUUGCUGGGAUUUAGCAUAUCCCCCCACCCCCUCCUGGCUUUUCAGAAGUGGGCGGGAGAUAACAAUAAAUUUCUCAGAAUCUCUA